AUGUCAAGAUUUACAUAUGCCCAUUAUUCUUUUGGCUUGCUGCAGUUGCACCAAGGUCAAAAUGGAGAAUUCUGGAUUGGAAGAGUUGGUUGUCAUGCUAUGCUGCCCAUCCAGCAACUGCAAGAGAUGUCGCACACCGUAGUCUUCAUGAACGUCUGUGCCCAUGGUGAUCCAAGCUGCCCUGCUGCUGACUUCCGGCAAUCCGCAAACUUGUCAAACAGUGUCCCAACAGUCUCUUCUGUGCAUUGGUGUAGCCCAUGCAUGGCACUACAUUACUCUGUUUUGGAAUGUUCUGCUGCCCAUCGAUUCCAGAUCAUGUGCCAAACACAUUGUUCCUACAAGCAUUUCUCCAAACAACCAUCAAUAGUUAUACAUGACCAGGCUGCAAAGUGCAGUGGCUAUUGUGGAAGGGAGAAACUGGUUCUGCAUUCACACUGCACUUGCCCACAGCGACCAUUAGCUUUGGUUGCCAUAUUUCAGACAAUAUCAACACACAUUUGCUCUCGUUUGUGGGUCCAGGUUGCCAGUGUUGGCGAUUCAGCUGGGCAGGGGAUGCUCAUUUUCCAUCUUGGAGUCGAUGCCGGACAUGGCAACGAUGCGGUGUUCCUGGGCUGGCCUUAUUGA